UAGGCUUUUUCAUGUUAUCUUCCCUUGUCAGGCUUCCCUUGUCCGUAACUGGUAGACAAGCUGUCGUUGUUUCUCCUUUUCUCUUAGACCCGAGCGGCACUUCCCUCUUACGCCUCUCUUCUUCUACUUCUGCGCCGCAGGCAAUGGGAGAGACUCCCAAGCCCAAGUCAGGACCCAAGUCCUCCGCCCCCAGCUGCCCCAAGGACGAAGCCUAUCUUCAGAAAGUCAUCCCCAAACGCAUUAGUCUAUUCGAAGAAAUCAAAGCCCAGCAAAUCGCAGAGCGUGAGCAAAUUGGUGGUGAACGCAUUAAAAUUACUCUGCCAGAUGGCUCUGUCAAGGAAGGCAAGAAGUGGUUAUCAACACCUUUGGAUAUUGCUAAGGAUAUAUCGAAAAGUUUGGCUGCAAAUGCUGUCAUAUCUCAGGUUAAUGGCAUUCUUUGGGACAUGGCAGGACCUCUUGGAGUAGACUGUGAGUUGAAGUUGUUCACAUUUGAGACUGAUGAAGGGCAUGACACAUUUUGGCAUUCCAGUGCACACAUCCUUGGGGAGUCUCUUGAGCAGCAAUAUGGAUGCAAACUUUGCAUUGGACCCUGUACCACAAGAGGGGAGGGAUUCUACUAUGAUGCAUUUUAUGGUGGCUUAGGUCUGAAUGAGGAUCACUUCAAGCAAAUUGAAUCAGCGGCAAUGAAAGCUGUUGCGGUACGAGAAGCUCAAUUGGCACAAUACAACUAUAUCCUGGUUGUUGGCGAGGAAGAAGCAAACACUGGACAGGCUUUAUCCCACAACUCUUUCCUUUCAUAAUGUCAGCGUAAGGGUUAGAGAUAAGGCAGAUCAUUCCGUCAAAAGCAUGGAGGAACUACUGAAUCAUUUUCAGCAAGAAGUAGCAGCUUUCCAUUAGAGACGGAACGGGCGAUGGACGAGGAUAAAACAUAUAGACUUGAUACGGCCAAAUCGAUCGCUCAGUAGGGUGAGGACACACGUCGCCCACCAGAUAGGAAGUACAAAGACUCUAUCACGCUCUAUCACGUCGCGGGGAUGAAGGGAAUAUUCCCCACCAGAACGAUGGAUGUAUACGAGUGGGACUCUAAGAGGGAAGAAGGUGGACCCGAGAAGGACGCUGGGAAGGAAAGGGAAAACCCUAAACCCUAGGAGCUAUAUAAGGGGGGCGGAGAAGAAGGAAGAAG